CUCGUAUCCAUGACGUCAUUGCAAAACAUUGAUUUUUUUCCAGUUGUUAUUGAACGAAAACAAUGUCACUUGUUCAAUAUAUUUUAUACUAUUUUGUGCUGUUGGCAUAUUUUAUUACACAGGUGAUUGCUGAAACAUGCAGUGAUGGAUCUGUAUGUACUGGCGGUCGUGAGUGCUGCAUGCAUGGAUGUUGUGUCCCGGGUGACAGCCAUGCCAAUGAUGAUGACGAUGAGCGGAGAUACGCCUACAGUUACCGUCUCUCCAUAUGGAACAUGUGGUAUUUCUGGUUUGUGAUUCUGUUUCUGAUGAUGUCAUGUUUCGGUGGCUGUGGCUAUUACAAGCAAAGGCAGCGUAUCAUCCAAUCCCAUGGGGCUGGGGCGACUCGCCCAAGCUUCAUAUCCAUAUUCCAGACAACCCGACGGCGUCCAAUGCCCAUGGACCGAUACCCAGAAGCCAUGAUUUACGCUGGGUACCCGACAGCUGAGCCAACGGUGCCAGCUGGAUUUGCUCCACCACCUUAUGCUGAGGUUAUAAAUCACUCAGACUUGUACCCACCCACCUCCAAAACCACCCAGCCUAACACACAACCGCAAUAUACAGGUUAUCCUGUUUCUUCAAACAAUGAACCAACAAAUCAAAUGCCUCAACCACCUCCUUAUUCUGAAGUAGCCAAUCAGGUCGCAACUAAUGUGCAAGCAGCCAAUCAAAAUGUGCCACAUCAAAACCAGCCAUCCAAUCAGAAUGAAGCUCAGUGAAAAUUGUUUGCUUGUGUUAUAUAAACAUGUGAAGAGCUGCUUUUCUUACGCACCAUUGAACAGUUGUUGAAAGUUGAUUUACUUUUUAUACAGGGUAUGCAUACCAGACUGUGUAGACAUAUUCACAAACAAUUAUUUACUACAUGUAAAAAAAUCCCCUAAUGAUUUAAAUUAUAUUUUUUCUAACUUGGUAAGCCAAUUUUACACAUUACAAAAAUAUCCAUUUACAUUUUACAACACAUCUAUGCAGGCAUUUUACAAAUCCAUAAUCAGGGCAUUUUAAACACAAAUUUGAAUGAGGUCAGGCCUUUUAACUUUGGGAAAUUUAAAUGUGUAAACGUUUUUUUUCUAAAAUUAAUGGAAGAAGUUUAUUUUAGGCCUCUGUCAAAGAAGGUCUAAUGCCCUGAUAAUAUUGGAUGAGGUGAUUUCAUCAAAACAUACAGAUGGAGGUACAUCAUUACGUAGUCCUGGUGAUUGAUCAUGUGCAAUGUCAUUCAGUAGUUCUAGUAAAUGAAGUAAUAAAUGUUCUCUUUGACGAGCAUAUACCUGGUGUUUGCACCAUUUUCUGCUUUAUGAUAGUGAAAAUGUUAUGUAAAAACUGCAUUUUUUUGCAUUAAAAUAUUAGAUAUAUUCCAGCACUUACACCAUGAUAUGUUUGUAAAGAUUAUACAGGUGUUAAGUUAUUUCAUAUUUAAAGAUUUAUUGUUGAUAUACUAUAUAGUACAGCGAAUGGAGAUAUUUAUGUCAAGUCACUCUUUUAAUAUUUGUCCCGAUUUGCCAUACAAUCAAACAUCAGUAUACAUUCAGUUGGGACAAAAAAUGAAGAUGUCAUUUCUGAAAGGACAUAACAAUCACAAAAGAUUUUGCUGUGCAGUUACUUCAGAUGAGUUUUAACAUAAAUAUAAUCAAAAUACAUGAAAAAACAACAUUUCAGUGAGAUAUUUUGUUUCAUUAUAUUUCAUCUCGUCAACACAAACAGUCAAUAUUUCCAUGAAAAUUUGCCUUUUGGUCUUGACUAACUUAAAUAUAAACAAUAUGUCACUGAUUCAGAAAGAAACAAUUAUCCACUCCAGAAUAUGUUAUUGAUUUCAUAUAACAGUGUACAUGUAAUGUAUUAAUGAGACAGUUUUGUUGUUAGUAUCUAGUCAUAUUUAGGUGUGAUAAUAGUAUGAAUUUUUUUUUUUUGAUAAAUGACUUUAAGGACUACACGAAUUCUAUACUUGUUGUCUUUAUCAUGUGUUACAAAGCGCAGAAAUCAAGCAUUUUUAGCUUUUAAACUGUAUUAAGCAAAUGCUUGCAUUUUGCAUUGCUAAUGAUACUAAUGCACCCUGCAUAACACUUUAAUAUUGAAUUAAUCAAUUUUAUUGUUAAAUACACUUUCACAAAUUAAAAUUUUAUAUUGAUUUUAUAUGCCUUUAAGUGGUGUUGAUCAUUGCUUUUGUAAUCUCAUUGUAUAUUGGUUAGUUUGUUUCAAUACAUUUUCAACAUUCUCAAAUAUUGCUCUCGUACCAAAAACAGUCUGAUCAAAAUCACCCAUGUUUCUUUUGGUAAAAAAUAGAUAUAAAAUGGGGAUUGGGCUUAGCCCAAAGUGAUCUUAUUUAUGAAGUUUUGCACAUUUAGAGCACCAGGCUUGGUAAGUCUAUCAAAAUCUGCAUCCGUACAGCUGUUUACCCACCUAUGGUCAUGUUAACAAUCAAUUUUGUAUUGUAGGGCUAUCGCUCGACAAGAUAUUUAAGGUCCUGGUUUUCUUUGCUUACAUUUAAAACUAUAUGCCAUGUUUUCUUUUUACCACAUGAAAAUCCUGAAUGGGAUUGUUCUUAACAUAUAGAUUUGGAUUCUGAUAACAUCGAAAACUGCCGUUUUAUGUUGUUGUUUUGUUUCAUUUCUGUACUUUCAACAUUAAUUAGUAUUUUUCAUUACAAUUGAGCAUUGUUGAAGAUCAAAGAAUUACUUUUUAUGAUUUUAUGGAUUUUGGAAAAGUCGUUAAAUCGUCUACACUUAUGUUGUUGCUGUGCUGGUGUUGUUGUUGUUGUGCUGGCCCCUAUGUCAUAGAAAUACUCAAACCUCAAUCUCAGUUUAACACAUAAGAACAUCGAGCCCAAAUUACUUAAACAAUCUUAAUUCCCUUAUAAACACAUUGUGUUUUGUCUUGGUAUCUUCCCUUAUAAACACAUUGUGUUUUGUCUUGGUAUCAUUUCUGUAAUGUUCCCGUUUUGACAAAUCUUUACACAGAAUAAUGAAUUAAUCUUAAUGUUAAUUAAAAUAAGCUGGUUUUGAUCAUGUAAAAUUAAGUUCAAGCAAGUAGUUGGGCUCAAUCAAAUAAGAUACUUAAGCUUGAUAAGCUUACGAAUUUUCAAUAAUUUGGGUCAGGGGAUUCAUUCAGGAUUGAGAGCAUUGUUUAAGACUAUUGUCCAGUUGUAAAAUUGUUUUUUCUCAUCCUUUGCAUCAAAAUAGUUAUUUUAGGACGAACCUUGUAAUGAAUAUAAAUAAGAAUGCCCUUGUUAGAAGGGUAAAAACACGAUCAAUGUUCAGUUACUUUGAUGUUAUGUUUUAAAAUAAUAAGAUAUUAAUGAGAUAUAACUAAUUAUUUUUGUUAUAUAUUGGCCUUGUGUUGUUGUUGUAUGCAGAGUGAGAUUACUAAGAAAUACACCUUACAUGAUUGUGUAACAAGUAUCGUGAAUCUGGCUUUAAACCUUUGUGGAGAUGAGCAUUUUUUUUUUCAAUUUCAAAAUUACAUGUCAAAAGCAAGAUUAAAUGCAGUCUUUGUAUUUAAAUGGCAAUUUUACUUUUAAAAGUUAAUCAGUGUAUGGAUGUUUUUAACAGAUAAGAAGUGUUUUGAUGCUUUAAACAAAUUAUUAUGGGUUGGCGGUUAUCAUUUUAUCAGAACUUGAACCAAAUGUUUAAUAUGUUACAUUUCUUUCAUAUCAUUGUUUGCAUUUAUUAAAAUUUGAUCUUGAGUUUUGAAUAUUAUCCAAGAAUAAUUGUUAAAGUUUUAAUUCUGGAUGUUAAGUGUACAUUUUUAUGUUCAUGGAAUGAUUUCGAAGUGUAUGAAAUAGGUCUAAAACACCACAAUGGUUGUUUUUCAUUUAACUUCAAGAAGUUCAUGUUUAAUUGAAAAAGAGGGCUAAACUGUUUUUUAAAUUUUAGAUGUUUUUUUUCUGAUUCAGCUUAUAAGACCGGUACCAAUAUUUUGGACAAUUGACAAUGUUUUCUUUCUUUUAUGUCUAUAACACAUAUUGUUUUCUGAUGAAAUUGAUUAUAAAUUUCAUGAACUGGUCAGUUAUUCAAUUUUGCCUCUUUUUUACAUGGUUGUAAUUUAUUCAUCAUUUAUAUACACGUAUGUUAAAAUUCUCUGUUUUAUAAUAAUAAAUUUGUCCUUGUCAA